ACUCUCAAGUUUGCCCACCGCGUCAAGUAUUUCGGGCGCCAGCGGCAGAGUUAAGACCGAAAUUCGGGCCGGAUACGGAUUCGGGGCCAGUGCAUUAUGGAUCAACUGGUUUGGCUUUCGCUUUGCAUUUCGCUCCUGAUCUCUCUCUCCGCCGGCUUGCCGUUCGAGGAUGGCAACAACAAUAACGUCAAGAUCACCCGCCAAAGCCUGGAGCUGACCCAGACGAUCAACAUCCAGCGGCAGGAGUUCAUGCAGCGGGAAUGCGAACUGCUCGGCCAGCAUCAUCAGACGAUGAACGAUCUCACCGACCUGCAAAUGGACCACAUGAUCGUGGACAAGGAGCACAAGCUGCUCUACUGCUACGUCCCAAAGGUCGCUUGCACGAACUGGAAGCGGGUUCUGAUGAUGCUCAUGGGCAAGUGGAACAAUGGCACGGAUCCGCUGCAAAUUCCGGGAUCGCUGGCCCACUCCGAGGGCAUGUUCACCAAGUUCUACGAUCUAACCGAAGCGGAGCAGCAACAGGUCCUGAGCGAGGACUACACUCGCUUUAUCCUGGUGCGACACCCCUUCGAACGGUUGCUCUCCGCCUAUAGGAACAAGCUGGAAGGCGAUUCCCCCAGUGCCAAAUACUUCCAGUCCCGUGUGGGUCGCCAGAUUGUGAAGGAGCUGCGACCCGGAGCGAGCAAUUCCUCGCUGGAAAACGGCGACGAUGUGACCUUCGGAGAGUUCAUCCAGUACCUGCUGACGCCGGAGCUGAGCCGGGCCAAUCAGACGGACUACAACGAGCACUGGGAGGUGAUAACCAGGCUCUGCAAUCCCUGCGUGGUAAACUACAACGUCGUGGGAAAAUACGAUACCCUACUGGACGAUUCCGCGUUGGCACUAUAUCUGGCCAGAGCCCGCAACCUGAUAUUCCCCACUGGCCACAAACCUUCGAGCACGAAAGCCAAUCUCCGGACCUACUUUGAUCCUCUGCCCAUCGGAUCCAUCCGGCGGCUGUACGAGAUCUACGAGGAGGACUUCCGCCUCUUCGGCUACGGGUUGGACGACGUGCUUGGCUUCGAGUUCGGUUGAGCCACCCCAGAU